CGGCGCCAGCCCGGAGACAAGAGACGAUGGAUUGGGAUGAACGGAGACAACUAGCCCACGACAUCGCGUCGCUGUCGUCCGCGGACCAACAAGGCGUGCUCUUGCGGUGCCACCUCGCACAUCCAGAAAGUGUAGGGUUCCACCAAGACCAUCCUUUCAAACCCGAGGACUGGGACUUGAUCAAGACCAGCAACUGGGAGGGAAGCUGCGUGGUGAACUUGGAUAUCCUUGACGUGAAACUCCUUCACGAACUCCGUGCGUACGUUGACGCGUGCUAUAUCCCCCACCCUGCUCCCCGAGACCAGUGUGAAAUCUGCUGCGGCCUGUGGUCGUGCGGUCGAGUGAUCGUCUGUGGCAACCCAACCUGCUCGACUCGCAUUCACGAAGAGUGUUUUGGUAUGGUCAUUCGAAGCGACUCGAACGGUCCUUGGCGCUGUCCGUCCUGUGUAUACGGGUCGCCACUUCAGUGCUGCUUGUGCCUUCAAGACAACAGUGGCGCAAUCAAACCGACUUCGGACGGGCGGUGGGCGCACGUCAUAUGUGCACUUGGCAUCCCCGAGCUCACACUUCGUGACGUUCCGACCAUGGAACCCAUCGACGGCAUGUCUGAAAUCGAUCCAUCGCGCCUUCGUUCGAUGUGCAACUUGUGUAAGCGCAAGGGUGGCGCUGUCGUCGCUUGCGAAGUGGACAACUGCGGCACCGCGUUUCAUAUUUCUUGCGCGGCUGACGCGGGGCUGUGGAUCGGUGCGGCUGCGGACCCGACCGCGAUCCCCCCCACGGCCGUGAAACCCUUUGCAUUGUACUGCGAAAAGCACAUGCCUCUCGAUCGCGUGAUCGGCGCCAAGCGUUUUAUUGCAGAGGAAGACUUGGUGCUUGAAGCGCUGCCACGGCCCUCUGUCGUAACCUCAAUGAGCACCGAGGCUACCGCAAAACUGGACGACUACAUGUUCGUUUUGGACUCGGCGUCGUACUUGCUCGAGCGCCACAUUUGGAAAGAGCGGGUUAUGACAGCUCCUCCACCUGCCGCGCUAACCUCGAAUCCGUUCCAGUUGUUUCAGGUCACGCCAAAGUUAUACAACCGGGGACGGUUCCCGGUCAAGACGCUGGUGACAGACAUGGUUCUAAAGGUUGCCGCCGCGGAGGGCCAGGUCUUGACGACACCACCUGUGGCGGAACCAUUCCCACCUCCUCGACCUACCAGCAACAUCGGAUUGCCGCCGUUUCCUGAAGGCCCUGCUCUUGUCGGUGGUAUCGUAGAGGUGUACUGGGUCGGGUUCGACGAUUGGUUCCGCGCCAAAGUGACUGAUUGGGACUCGUCUCGUCGGGUGAAUCAAGUUCACUACUUGGGAGAACCUCGCAUGGAGUGGCUAACUCUGCGUGCUGGGAUGUGUCACGUCCUCCACCUCCCGUCCGACCCCCCAACCAAAGUCAAACUUGCCAAGUUCUCGCACAAUGGCGCCGCACCACAGUGGCGGCCAAAACCCCGCACGUUUGCCGCGACAGACUAGCUUCCAUAACUUGCAACGACUCGUUUGAUCCACA